AUGGAACGACAAUUGAGACUUUUUGAACAAUCGCGGCUCAAGAAAGCUGAAGAAUUUCUGGAAAAAUUGAGCGAGAGACGGACCGAUUCGGCUUGUCGAAAAGCUUUGCGGAAUAUACAGACGACUAUUCGAAGAUACAAGCGUUCUGGUCUCCCCAACUUCGACAUCGAUCGCCUCGGCUGCUUCGUCGACAUCAUCAUUCAAUCCGUCAUCUCUUUUGCCCUCUACGCUCGGGUAGGAGUCGACAAGCUUCGUGAACGAUACGGCCAAGCAGCAUUCGAUCAUAUUCGGACAAAAUGCAGAGAUGCUCUUUUGACCUUCUGGGAAAACGGAGCUCUUCUGGAAUCAAAGCUCGACGAAGCCCUGGACAACGGAUGGAACGACCGAACCUUCAUUGUUCUUCUAGCGCGAUAA